AUGCCUGCCGAAAGCGAUGGGUCAUUUGCUGGAGAUCUCAAUUUUGGACUACACACUGUGUUCUUCACCGAGCUUUUCAGAGGUUUCGGCGUCAUGCUCGGUCACGUCUUUAUGGAACCGGCCACCAUUAACUAUCCUUUUGAGAAGGGUCCAAUCAGUUCUCGCUUCAGAGGCGAGCAUGCUUUACGCCGUUACCCAUCGGGUGAAGAACGAUGUAUUGCUUGUAAGCUUUGUGAAGCUAUAUGUCCAGCGCAGGCAAUUACUAUCGAAGCAGAGGCACGACCUGAUGGAAGUCGGCGCACUACACGCUACGAUAUUGACAUGAAUAAGUGCAUCUUCUGUGGUCUUUGUCAGGAAGCUUGUCCAGUAGAUGCCAUCGUCGAAGGGCCUAACUUUGAAUUUUCGACAGAAACUCACGAAGAGCUGAUUUAUAACAAGGAAAAGCUGCUAACCCUUGGUGAUCGAUGGGAACCUGAGUUGGCUGCUAAUAUUCAAGCCGAGUUUUUGUACCGAUAA